AUGGCGACUAAGUCCUUGUUCCAAAGCCCUAAUCUGAAACAUGUUCCAUUUCUAAGAUCAGACCAAACUCUUGUUCUUCCUCAUGUUGUCUCUCUCCCCAAUUCCAAAAACACCCCCAAAAGACUCGUAGUUUCUUCUUCUUCUUCCUCUUCCUUUUCUUCUGCUGUAUUAGCACCACAUAUUCUUACUUCGCCUGUUGCUUCUCCUCGUGCUCAGGCACCGUUAGCUAGGGUUUGGAGAGAGAUACAGGGGUGUAACAACUGGAAAGAUCUCAUUGAACCUUUAAAUCCUCUUCUCCAACAAGAGAUCACUCGCUAUGGCAACUUAGUUUCAACAUGUUACAAAGCCUUCGACCUAAACCCUAAUUCAAAACGUUACUUAAACUGCAAGUAUGGCAAACAAACCUUACUUCAAGAAACCGGAGUCGACCAACCUGAGGAAUACAAGGUCACAAAAUACAUCUACGCCACGCCUGACAUCAACAUCAGCAUCAGUCCGAUCCAAAACGAGGCCAAUAGGGGCGCACGUUGGGUAGGUUACGUCGCCGUUUCAUCUGAUGAAUCAGUAAAACGUUUAGGGAGGAGAGACAUUGUGGUGACGUUUCGUGGAACGGUAACUAAUCCCGAGUGGGUCACGAACUUCAUGAGCUCUUUGGCUCCGGCUAGGUUCGAUCCUCAUAACACACGUCCUGACGUGAAGGUGGAGUCAGGGUUCUUGAGUUUAUACACAUCUGAUGAGAGUGAGAGCAAGUUCGGACUAGAGAGCUGCAGACAGCAGCUUCUGUCCGAAAUUUCUAGACUGGUGAGUAAGUACAAAGGAGAAGAUAUGAGUAUAACACUCGCUGGACAUAGCAUGGGAAGCUCGUUGGCUCAUCUUGUUGCUUACGACAUUGCGGAGCUUGGUCUGAACCGGAGGAUGGGCGAGAGAGAUGUUCCGAUAACCGUCUUCUCUUUUGCAGGUCCUAGGGUUGGUAACUUGGGGUUCAAGACGUGCGAGGAGCUAGGAGUUAAGGUUUUGAGAAUCACUAACGUUAACGAUCCGAUCACUAAACUUCCCGGCGUUUUAUUCAAUGAGAAUUUUAGGGUUUUAGGUGGUUUUUAUGAGCUUCCGUGGAGUUGUUCAUGUUAUGCUCAUGUUGGGGUCGAACUCACUCUAGAUUUCUUUGAUGUUCAAAACAUUUCUUGCGUUCACGAUCUUGGGACGUAUAUCGAUCUUCUUAACCGGAAGAUAAUAAACUCGAGAUCAGCCGAUUCUAAUAAAGACAAGGUUAAUGACAAUUUUUCUAUGGAGUUUCUGAAGAGAAAGGGUGAGAAUAUGAUGUUCCCGAAGGGACAACGAAUGUUGCAUUGGACCAACGUCGUGGAUCUUCUUUCUUCUGUCUCAGAUCAUAUGUUGUAUUGUAAUAUUUUCUAG